GCCAUACCUUGCAUACCAGGGGUAGACGUAGUGCUGCAAAAUCAGCUACCGAAGCCGUCCAAAAGCUGAACAAACUUAGCAGCAAAGUCUUGUUUAUUUAUUGUGUGUGGGGUUCAUUUGCCAACCGCCAAAAUUUCGUCCCAGUGGAAUCCUGGUCCGCCUCCUGUCGGACCUACGACAACACCUUCCAGAGGUGGUGCUCAAGUGCCAAACACAGCACCCCCUACUGCUGCUCCAGCACCCCCUCCACCUGACGUCACAGGGUCAGAUGACAGUAACAGCAAAGACAGUUCUUCCAAAGGUGACAUGGUUAAUUGUGAGGCAGAGGGGGUUUGGAGUCCGGAUAUUGAACAGAGUUUUCAAGAGGCACUGGCUAUCUAUCCGCCGUGUGGUCGACGAAAAAUUAUACUAUCCGACGAAGGUAAAAUGUAUGGUCGAAAUGAGCUCAUCGCCAGGUAUAUAAAACUCCGUACUGGGAAGACUCGAACUAGGAAGCAGGUCUCUAGUCACAUUCAAGUAUUGGCUCGGCGGAAAUCCCGCGAAAUUCAAUCAAAAUUGAAGGACCAGACUUCCAAGGAGGUGGCAUUGCAGUCGAUGUCAUCCAUGUCUUCUGCUCAGAUUGUAUCUUUGUUUCACUCCCAGGAUCAUGCUUCAAAGGAGAAAGCCCUCCAGUCACUAACUUCACUGUCAUCCGCCCAAAUUGUUUCUGCUUCUGCCAUCCAGAACAAGGCUGGUCUUUCCCUAGUUGGUCCUACUGUUAGCUAUCCAGGAGCAGCUUUUUGGCAAACAACAAUUGGUCAGCCAGGGACCUCAGAAGAUGUUAAACCAUUUUCUGCUCAGCCAUAUGGUAUGACCACCAAGCCAACAUUCUCAACAGUGGUUUCUGGGACAGACAUAUUAGCCCAAACCACACUAUCUCCAUGGGAAGGUCGUUCUAUUGCCACGCAUAAACUUCGUUUAGUUGAAUUUUCUGCUUUCAUGGAACAGCAACGAAACCAAGACUCGUACCACAAACACCUCUUUGUUCACAUAGGAGGUUUACCAGGUUACUCUGAUCCAAUAUUGGAAGCAGUUGAUAUUAGACAAAUUUAUGACAAGUUCCCAGAAAAAAAAGGUGGAUUAAAGGAGUUGUAUGAUAAAGGCCCCCAAAAUGCUUUCUUUCUGGUAAAGUUUUGGGCUGACCUUAACACUAGCAUUCAAGAAGAAACGGGAGCCUUCUAUGGAGUUACUAGCCAGUAUGAGAGCAGUGAAAAUAUGACAAUAACAUGUUCUACAAAAGUGUGCUCUUUUGGCAAGCAAGUGGUUGAAAAAGUCGAGACUGAAUAUGCUAGGUUUGAAAAUGGACGUUUUGUGUAUAGAAUACAGAGGUCACCAAUGUGUGAAUAUAUGAUCAACUUCAUUCAUAAACUCAAACAUCUUCCAGAGAAGUACAUGAUGAACAGUGUUCUGGAGAACUUCACAAUCCUUCAGGUGGUGACUAAUAGAGAAACCCAGGAAACGCUGUUGUGUAUUGCUUAUGUUUUUGAAGUGUCUACAAGUGAACAUGGUGCUCAGCAUCACAUCUAUCGACUGGUGAAAGACUAAGAAUUGACUUGGAGCACUGCAUCAUUCUGUCCAUCAUUACAUCAAGUGUCAUCCUUGUCCAUCUUAAUCUCCUGACAGUGCCUACUCUUGUAAGGUGGCUGCAGUUACACCUUUUAUAGUUGUUUGCAUUAGAUAAAACAUGUCCACUUGAAGUAGAAGAUUUAUUUUUACAUAUCCAACUAGAAGUGUCUACUUGUUAGCAUGACCAACAAUCUUCAUCUGGCCCUGUAGGACAGAAAUGAGCUAGAUUGAAGCCUGUUUGAUUUGUGAAGCUGAAGAAACUGUAUGUUUUAGAGCACAGCUUUGUAUGCUUGAAUGAGAAAGAAAACAUCUGACCUAAUCUUAUGUGAUCACACUGUUAACUUGUUUUUUCUUUUCUUGUAUUAUUUUUUUAUAUUUUACCUGCUUGUCACAUUCUAUUUUAUACUCUGUUAUUAAAUAUUAGAACUGUUAGUGUUGUAUGUUCUUUGUAUGGUAGAUGUACAGAAGGGUGUGUUGUGCUUUGCUUUUCUCAACUCAUGAACAGAAAUUCUGAGUAGAUAACUUUAUCAGUGUGUCACCCAGUUUCUUUGCCUAUAUUUUGAACUUUUGCAAUCCUCUUCAGUCACAACUGUAGUGUGUUAUAUGACUUACUUAUUAGAUUCGUUUCAUAAAGAUACGGUCAGUAGUGGUUGGUUAGCAAUCAGAUCUGUUAAUUUCUGUUUGAGAUACAUCAAACAAUAUGUAUGAAGUUCCAUUAGUAGUCCUUUUAAUAAGAAAAAAUUCAAAACUAAUAACCUAACAUUAAAGAUAUAAACCAUGAGCCUUAGUUUUAGAUUUGUUUUGUUUUUCUUGCAACAAAGACACUGUGAAUAGUUUAAUGCCAGAUCAGUAAUGGUUUUCAGUAAGUUUAGUGUGUGCCAUGUUCCUUAUUUAAGCAUAACACUAAUUGUACAUUUUUCUUAUGAUACUUUCUCAAGCUAGAAAGAAAAAGGUAACAUAAUGUAGAAUAGCUUAUACAAAUGUUGUUUUAUAAUAAUGUUAUUAUUUGUCUUUCAUAAUCAUGAGUGGAAGUGCUGCAUAAAAUCAAAUUUAGUGUAAGAAAUCUGACAUGAUGUUUUGUCUUCUGUGUCUGUCUUGUUCUUUAAAAGAUCCAAUACUUAAAUCAGUAUAAUACAUCAUCUUUUAAAAUUGAGAUAUCUAUAGCUUAUUAUGUUUUUUAAUCUGCCCUUUUCAGAGAAAAUCUGUUGUGACUGAAGUUUAUAAACUGUUUAACUAAACAAAUGAAUGCAAUCUAUUAAGUGUUUGCAAAUCCAAAUGACAACAGUUUGAUUUGAACAAGUUAUCUAUUUCUGGAGAAAUGUGGACUUCACCAACAAACCUGUCUAAAGUACAUUAAUUUGUCUUGUGUUCCAUCAGCAGCAAGUAUUAUAAUUCCAGGAUUAUCUAAAAGCAUAUGGUCUCUUAUGCUGUCUGCAAGACCUUUGGUUAAGCAAAAUAAAAAUAUUCAUUUGUUAGUCAUUGCUACUUAUUUUAAUCAAAAUCUUUCUAAUAAAUUCUUGAGUUCUUUCAGUGAAUAAGAUUAUGGAAAUACAAAUAAUAGGUCUUGCUACUGUCUUUGUGAUUUACUUUUAAGUUAUUUGCAUCUAUCUUUUAGUUGUCAGAUAUAUCAUCUGCAAUAAAGACUUCAUAAGAUUUCUUCUCAUGAUGUUAUAAUGAAAAUCUGUUUCCAGUGAGAUAACUUUUAGAGAAGAAAAACUUUAUCCUUUAAGAAAAUCAGUUUACAAUCAAAAUAAGAUCUAUUUCAUGAAUCAAGUUCCCUGAUUUAUGUACAAUUACAGAAAAUGUCAGUGAAUCAAUUGAUAAAUGUGUUUUGUAAUUCUCAUUUUAUUGUGGAAGAGGUGUUUGAGAAUAAGGAGUCAGAGAAUAUCCUUAACCCUUUGACUAUGGCUGCUUUGAAUGUGCACAGAAUUUUUGUGAGCUGUACACUGUAUACAGCACACUCGCAUUCAAUGGAUGGCGGACUGUACCCUAUACGGCGAAUCAGCAGUCAGAGGGUUAAAGAAUAAAAUCAAAGGUUUGAUCUCAAGAUUUAAUUGAACUUGUUUUCAGAAUUAAAUUACUUUUUCAUUGUUUUGUGCCUAAAAAAUAUUAGUUUAUUUUGCAUGAUAGGCUCAGGAAAUUACUCUUUUUCAUGUUUUGUUUUUCUAAAAUAACAAAAAUAUAAUACUAGGAUCUUUUCAUUAAAAUACUUCUACCAUAUGUUAUUUCAAUUUAAGAUCAUAAGUACAAAGGUUUAAACUAUUACCCAUAAGGCUUAGUUUUCAAUAUAAAAAAAAAAUGUUGAAUUUUAUUAUUCAUAACAUUAUUUGCUUAAAGAAUCAGCUUAUUGACUUGAUAAAGUGGUUUUGUUGACUGCUAUAUGUCGAGUGCCUGCAUUUUUUAUAUGCCUUGGCCAUGUUUUUAAUUGUGAAAGAAUAUGACGCUCCAAGAAGCUGAAGUUAAAUUUUAAUACUAUUUCUGAUGAAGCUUAGUAGCAUAAGCUCCUCAUGAAUCAUUGUUUAUAACCUUUAAAUUUUAUUCAAAUGAGACCUUGAGCUCAUGUUACAGUAAAACCAUUGUUAUCUAUUUACAUAUCUGAAAGUAACAUAAACCAAUUCUGCAGCAAAUUUGGAUCUUUUUUUUGUUGCUUCACUAAUGUUUCUGCUCUAAACAGAUUUCAUAGAAGUUUGUGAUGUAAUAUCUAUAAAGCUAUUUAGAAUAUAAAUGUUGUAUGUUAAAAAAAAGAUUUAUAUAUGUAGGGGUAUUCCUUGUAAAAUCACAAUUAUUUUAUUAGAGAAGCUAAAAACAGGUUAAGGGAUUAAAAUAAGCUUCAUGUUUUAUACUAUCUUUUUUGCUAGAUUUCCAGUUACUAAUAUUUACAUAAUAACCGAUAUCUGUAAAAUAACAGAUAAUUUGGUUGCCAAGUGCAUUAGAAUCAAAUGAUCAAAAUAGUUUAAUGUCACAUAGCUGUAACAUAGUUACUGUAGUCUCAUAAACUUGUGUCUACAAUAGUUGUAUAAUAUGAAAGUUUUUUGCAAACAUUUAAUUAUUUGGAAGGAACUUUCAAACUACCAAGAUUGAAAGAAGUUACUAAUGCUUUAAAGGCCCUAUCAUUGUUGGCAGCUAUCGCCUCAUUAACUAAAGUUGUUUACUAAACUCUUAAAACACCUAUUGAAUAAACCUUCUUUUUCUGUUUUGUAAAUAUUAUGCAUGGAAUGUACAGAUGGUAAAAUGGUUAGUAUUAGUAGCAAUAUUGAGGUAAUACAAGUUGAAUUUACUUGUAAUUGUACUGCUGAAAUCAGUUAACACAUACUGGAUAAAUUACAACCAGAAUAUGCUUUGUGUAGUUUCUAGUACCUAAAUCUCCAUUAAAAGUAACUAGUGAACAUGUUAUCAAAUUCUUGAUAAUUUUUUCUGCUACCAAAAAAUGUAUAAUAAAUUUAAUUGUUUGAACUUUUAUAUUUGAAUUCUGAAUCAUUUUGUGUGUUUAGUAUUCAUACAGUUAUUUAAAUUCUGAGUAUAAAAAUCUCGGCAAAUAUGAUUAUCAACAUAUAACAGAAAAAAAUUGUUUAGAAAUUUCAAGUAAGAUUUUUAGAAUGUGAAAAUAUUUUGGUAUUAUUUUGAGAAAGAAACUUCCUAAACCUUUUAAUCUAAUUAUCCUCUGACGUGAAACAACAUGCUUGGGAUGCUUGAAGAUUAAAAUAAUAAGAUUUUGAUAACAAAUUGAAACAAAUAUAUAAUGGUUAUUUUUAAUGGAGAACAACUGAAAAGUUAUUUAAUUAUUUUUUCUUUGAUUACUUUUUAUGUUUAAGAUUGUACACAAAAAUACUGUAAAUAUGCAUUUUCUCAAAUGGAAAAGGGGCAGCCAUUUCCCUAACUGCACCUUUUUAAGAAAGUUAUUUUCCUCUAUGUAUUUUGAGCAUUUUAAAGAAUGUUUUUUAUCAUUGGAAAGGAUUAAUUAUAAUAAGAGAAUUGUAGGUUUUUUUUUUUAUCUAUGAAAAUUUUAGAAAAGAGCUGUGCUCUAAAUCUUGUUGGAUAAUGUAAUUAUUGAUGUGAAGAAAAGAAGAAUCUGUAAAUUGUCAUAUAAAAUUUUGGAAUUUGUGAUGUAAUCAGCUAGUUUUUAUAACAAUGGCAGCUUCCCCGGUUGUGUCUGAAAUUUGAUUUAAUUUUUAGGCUAAUUUCAAAAAAAAAAGAUUCUGUGUGAACAUUUAUUUCAAAAAACUUCUUUCUUUGUUCUACAUAAUGCGCAAUAAACAUGUCUUGUUUGAA